CGCUGCGGUGAUCAUUUGCUGUUUAAUGUGUUGGUUGACGUGUUACAUCAGGACCCCGCUACUUCCUGUUCGGCAUAAACACAUUGCUCUGCUCUCUUGAGUUUAAAACAUGUCUAAAGUAACUUUUAAAAUUACUCUGACUUCGGAUCCUCGGUUACCCUACAAAGUAUUAAGUGUACCUGAAAGCACGCCGUUCACAGCUGUGCUAAAGUUCGCAGCAGAGGAGUUUAAAGUGCCUCCUGCUACCAGUGCCAUUAUUACAAAUGAUGGCAUCGGAAUCAAUCCAGCACAAACAGCAGGAAAUGUUUUCUUAAAACAUGGAUCGGAGCUUCGAAUCAUUCCCCGAGAUAGAGUUGGAGCCGGUCGAUGUCCAACGAGUAUCUGAGCGAUCAGGGAUUAUUCUUCAUCUUGGAUGACAAACAUGCUUGUGUAUUUAUUAUCCAGCUCUGAGGUGUUAGUGUGCUCCUGUCAGCAGGAGCAGCCCCAUCUCAGUCACCCAGCUAUGUGGACUCCCCCCCUCAGUGAUUCAUGCUUCUUGGACAGAAGACCCAAUGCUUCUUGGACAGAAGAUUCUAAUACAUUUUCAUUUUGUUCAUUAAUUCAGAUAACCACAAGUCCACCCAUCAGCUUUAAUCUUGGCUUUGGCACAGUAUUCAGUUCAAUUUUUAGUACAUUGUGUAUAUGAAUUGUACUUCCGUCUUCAUGUCUGCAUUGAGUAGCUUUAUGUCUGAGGUUUGUAACAUUGGUCAGAUUAAAUCAAAAUUGUUAUUUUUGUUUUGUUAUAUUUCAGAGCUCUUGGCAAGUGGUCCACUUGUUCUCAAAUCUACAUGAAAUAAUGGCUGUAAUGAAAUUGCAGAACUUGCAGAAACAUUCUCUGCUCAAAUCAGCAGCUUUUAAGAGAGGAAUAAAAUAUAUUAUAAGUGGUUUACUUCCAUCAUCAA